ACACACACACACACACACAGUGAGUGUAGAGGAGCGGACACAGAGAGGAAUAUCCACACACACACUCACACACAGAGCUCUCCAGGUGUUGGAGGAGAACUCGGCGGAUAUUGUCAGAGUGAGGUGGCUGAUUCCAGUGGAGCUUGUGCUCAGUUGCUCGUUUGGAUUUUAUCCCUUUAAUCGGAGCUGAUUUCACCACUGGAUAUGAACAGAGUGCGUCGGAAAUCAACCGAUUUAUUUUACCGGUUGGGAUUUUCCUAAUUAAAGAGGGAAGAGGAGGAGAGCGUUUCAGCAUUCAGCUUGUGACUGAAAUGGGAUUUUCCUGUGGACCUGGACUGAAUUUUUAGGCUUAAAUACUUAGGAUUUGUUAAAAAUUUAUUUAAAAAAAAUUAUUUUUUUUUUCUUUCUUUAAAAAAAAAAAGCCACCCCAAAAAGCUUCCUCAAAGACUUGCCUGGGGACACUGUUUUUUUUUUUAAAACUCUUUAUUUGGUCUUGUGGAAAUGGUGGGCCAUCUACACUUGCAGGCUAUGGAGGAGAGUCUGAAGGGAAAGAGCCGUGAGGGGCUCCUCGACAGUCCUGACUCAGGGCUUCCACCGAGCCCGAGCCCACCCUUCUGUCCACUCUCACCGUCAACCGCAGAGCCUCGCGCCCCCAUCACCGCCGACCACCAUGGAGGAAUGUACUGGAGGAAGGAGGGCCGAGAAGGCAAACUGCUUCCAUACCUGCUGCUGAACUCUCAGGGUGCAGAUGUCAAGUCACGCAUGCACCCCGUGGUGUUCGGUGAAAGCAUCGAGGUGAACCCUAGACCCACCACAGAGAUGAGGUUCAGCUCGGAGGUGAAGUACGACUCACACCGGCACUACCGUGAUGAGGUUUACUGUGCACGGGUUCCCACGGUAAACUCCUACAGCGAGACGGUGGUGGCGCUGCAGAACCACACGUGGCGCAGCUACAAGUCAGAGGUUCACUUCCUGCCACGGCACCGGCCCAUUCGCUACCAGAGCACGGCCAUCGUCUACCCCAAACACGCGCGCAACAUCUACCGCACCACGCUGCACUACAACGCCAACGCCGCCGGACGCCGCAGGUUCGUGUCCACAGUGAGGCUGGAGUCGAGCGAGGACGGCAGUCCCUGCAUCAUCUACACCGAGGAGCUGUGAGACACGCCCAUCAUGCUGAGACGCACUACUGUGCAAACUCACCAUCACAAAGCUAAAACUCCUCUUGGGUGGAGAAAUGGGCGACUUGUGUAACAGAACGACUACAGACUUCCCCGAAAGGGAGGAAAGGACGUGACAGAGACGUUUAUUUUGUCUCUGGUGAAGUUGGUACUAUAUAUUAAGUGAGUGAUGGAAUCUGUAUACAGAGCAGUUUCAAUAAGGUAGCAAUUCAUCUUUAUUUUGCAGUCGGGAGGUGGGUUAAACCUAUUGUUCUUUUGUCUGUUUACUUGUUCUUGCCAUUACACUCCGCUAUAAAGAAUAUGAUUCAAUAAAACAAUGCUGUAAAAAAUAUCCUCAAAACUCUAUGGCAUGGUACAGAAAUACGAGGGAAAAAAAUCAUGCCAGGAAUAGUACAACUUUCUGCGAGUUGUAUAAAUGCUUGAUUGCACUUUUGCUAAGAAAUUUUUUUUCUUUCUUCUUUUGGCUACAGUGAUUUUGGUUGAGCUGAGGGCAGCGUAGGAGCACUUGAAAGAUUGGACCAAUGUUUUUAUACAGAUCACAGAAAGAGACGUGGGAGUUUGUAGCACACCGGUUAUUUGAAGCGGUCCAAGAACAUGGCCUUGAAGCAAAGUGCCUUUUCACUCAUGACUCUGGACCUGCGGUUAAUAAUCUGGCUGAAGUUGAACGAUAGAGAGUGGACAUGUCGAGACAGAAGCUCAAGUUUACCUGAGUCCAGAAAUAACAGUGAUUUUCAGCACAAAAGUCUGGAAGCUCAGUCCAGGCAAGUUUUGUUUACAAAUCACUAACACUCCAGCCAGCUAAUUUGAGGGAAGGAAAGGAUUUACCUCCAAACUGAGAGACCAGUGGUGCUGUAUUUUUCUGACUAUAAGACACUUAAACAAAUAAAUAAAAAAUUCCCCCUAAUCUUGCAAGUGAUAAGUGACGUCACCACACGUUUCUGCCACAGAGGGGCCAACAUUUUUAGCUAAUCAGACCAAACGCAAAUAAAAUACACCUAGCAGAAAAGGCGAUUCACUGAAGGGGAAAGGACGCCAGACAUGAAGAAUGCAUUUGCUUCCAGUAGCACUUACUUUCGAUUGUUUAUCUAUGCUAUCUGUGAAAUCACGAGCCAACAGAAAAGAAGUGGGCGGGACUGUGGUAUCACUGGUGGGUAAACAAUUAGAGGAGCUACCUAGUAUUAAGAAGCGUUCAUACCAGACUUUUACUCACAUUGGGGGAAAAAAAAAAUGAGCCGUCUUGUCCACUGACAUGCACUAGGAGAUUCUGUGGGAAAAUCUUGUAUUUUGUUUCUACCUUCCAGAAUCUCAUUAGCAAUGUUGGCAACUCAGUCUAAAAGUCUAAAAUAUAAAUUACUCAAACCCAGACAGGAACUAAAUUUGUGAGAGCAGAGAAAAGGGGAAUUUGGACAUAUUUUCGCAAUUUAUUGGAACCAAACGUUUGGAUUUGUCGCUUUGCUGCAUCAUAAUUAAUCUGCAUAAAAUUGUGUCACAAGUAUACACAUUAUUAUGAUAAACAGAAAAUAUAAUUCUAUCCAGACAGUAUUUUGGGAGAUUUUGGGGCAGAUGUGUCUUAUACUCAGGAAAAUACACCACCACCUGACAAUGUUCUUUGAUAUAAGGUGGUAAAUAUGGCAGGAGGAUGGUGAGGGAUUCAGAUACUACGCUGCUUCACUUCUAAGGGAACGAUCUCCGCCACGUCACAAGUUCAGGCACGUCGAAAGGAUGUUGCGGUGUUUUGUGUUUGUCUUACAAACAUCUGGAUUAGAAACACUAAAUUAUGGUACAACUUUAAAAUUUACGUUACGAUUUCUUACCUCACUCAGAAUCUACUCAAUCAUGACUUUUGCUCUUAAUCCACAGAUGUUUCUCGUGGCUCGUUGUGUGGGAAAUGUAUAUUUAGUGUCCAAAAUGGUGUGCGUACGUUGGCGUACGUGAAGGACGUCAUUUCUGUACAUGAAAGUAACGAAUGGACGGAUUUUAUACAUGAAACUGAGGUACCACGUUAAAGACCUGAAUCUGCGUGAUGUGUUUUAUACGGUAAAUUAAGAUGAGGUAAAGAAAUUGGGUAAGAAGUUCAUGAGAUGCUCAAAUGACAAGACAAAGUCACACGUGACUUUAUUCACAUGGACUGGAGCGAAUGAAAACUGUAGCGAUGGACAAAGUAAAGUUGGUAUGAAAGGAAUUUGGAAAGUGUUAAAAAAAAAGUUUCGUGACAUUGAGCGGAGAUGUUUCUGUAAAAGUGGAUGAAAGUCUGUGAUUGUGGAUGUAAAAUGCUCUCUAAAUGGAUAAUUUUUUGAUUCUUUUUACGUUUUUUUUCCUGUAAAAUACUUCUUGAUGUAUAUGUUGCAUAUGGCACUUAAUGAUUCUCUUUAUAUUUUUGUAUUCCCAAGUUUAAAUCUUUUUUGUUUUGUUUUGUUUUGGGCAAGAGAUUAGAAAAUAAUUUAAGACACAGUGUAUAUCUUAAAUGAACAAAUAAAAUCCCAAUUCUUUAA